UCAGAAAAAUUCCAAAAAAAUGACAUCCAUCUUUCAAGUUCUAAAAACUGUCUUCUAGCUUUGAACUAUUUUAAUUAAAAAAAUCGUCAAAAUAUACAUCUAUGUAAUAUUUGGUAAUUGUGAUCAAAUCUAACAAAUAAAAUAUAGUUUAUAUAAUUCAAAACCUGACGUAAGGCACCCAUAAAGGAUGUCUUCCGGAAGACCGAUCAAGUGUGUGGUCGUUGGAGAUGGUACCGUCGGAAAAACUUGUAUGUUAAUUUCAUACACGACUGAUAGCUUUCCAGGAGAAUAUGUGCCUACAGUUUUUGACAAUUACUCGGCUCCAAUGGUGGUGGAUGGAGUGGCAGUAUCUCUUGGUCUAUGGGAUACAGCGGGACAAGAAGACUACGACAGACUUAGACCUUUAAGCUAUCCUCAAACUGAUGUCUUCCUUAUAUGCUUCAGUGUAACAAGUCCCUCUUCAUAUGAAAAUGUCACAUCGAAAUGGUACCCCGAAAUAAAACAUCACUGCCCCGAUGCACCAAUUAUAUUAGUGGGUACAAAAAUCGAUUUGAGAGAUGAUCGUGAAACGCUAAGUUUGCUGUCGGAACAAGGAAUGUCUCCGCUGAAAAGGGAACAAGGACAGAAGCUCGCCAACAAAAUUCGGGCCGUAAAAUAUAUGGAGUGCUCAGCGCUAACACAAAGAGGCCUUAAACAGGUGUUCGACGAGGCUGUACGUGCAGUGUUAAGACCGGAACCACAAAAGAGACACCAGAGGAAGUGUUUGAUUAUGUAAAAAUGUAAACAAAAUCCAUGACUAAAGAACCGUAUUAAAAUCUGCAGGAAUCUCUCGACGACAGUAAUAAUGUGUUUCUACACCGACGUGAAUAACAGAUUAACGUUUCAAAUGAAUUCUUUUUUUUUUUUUUUGUUCACAAUGUAUCAAGGUGCCAUAAAUAUUAUGUCCUUCGAAUAUUAAAAUGUCAGUUAAUAAUUUCUCUGAUCAACAUCACAAUAUUUGUUUCUUUUUUCUUGAAUAUUUUUUUUUAUGCACACGAGAAUGCCAAAGAUUUAUAAAUAGAUUUAAGUCUUUAUUGUUUGUUUGUUUUUUCGUUAUUGUCAAAAUGCUAAUAAUAUGGUUAGAAACAAAUUGUUACUGUGCGCGUUUAAUGAUAUUGACAACUUUAUUUUUAUAUACGCAACCGAACCUCAACACACGAACGUUUUUUGAAUUAUGUACAUCCUAAGGGAUUUAUUGAUAUUAAGGACUGAUGUAGUUGCGUUAAUUAUGAAGUAUCUUUUUUAUUGUCUAAUAUUUAAUUGCGACAGUUAGCAUUUAUUAUAAUAGUAAGUAUUCAAUGAUCAGAAUCAGAUUUAUUUAAUUGUGCAAUGUAGGUACCUAUGUUUUUCAUUCAAAUGAGGUGAGGUAAACAUGGACAAUAGUAUGGCAAUAAUUUACAAUACUUUUAAAAAGUAUCAAAAUAUUAUUUGCAUGGAAUGUUGCAUUGCAAGCUAAGUAUGUUGUUUAAGGCGGAAUAAUUUAUUUUGCUGAAUCAAUAUCGAAAUUACGUUUAUAAUUUAAAAAAAGAAGUGUAUUUUAGCAUGUAAUUAAGGAGUGUGUUUUUUUUUUAAAUAUUAGUAACUCAUUAGGGCGAGAUAUUUUUAUAUUAUGAAAAAUCUUAGAAAUAGUUAGAUGGCUCUCCAAUUCUGCAACGAAAAUUUAGCACAAUUUUGAUGCAUGAUUUUAUUAAGUACUACAAAACGUGGUGGUAUUUACAUGAUGCCUUUUUGAAGCAUUCGUAUUUUUGACAUUGUCUUGUCAACGCUUAGAUAGGAAUAAGAUUUCUCUAGUUUGUAUUUCGAAUAAGCAGUGCCGGUUUCGCGCGUCUAAAGCCAUUUUCAGCCCGCUCUCUGCAUCUCUCUGUAUCUCUUCCUCUCUCCCUCUAUACGAGCU